GGAGGAUGUUUACUCGCUUGACGAAUGCACGGGUCUGCGCUUCACAGUGGCCGGUGCGCCGCCUGCCGCGAGGCGCACGCGGAUUUUGCCAUUGAAACAGCCGAUAAUGUUUGGAAUGAAGGGAAGCGUUUAACUUGUAGACCGUUCCACUGCAUUGUGUUUCACAGCGAGCAGUGCAGUUCAAGCGUGGGAGUUUGUUUACGAUUUGUCAGCAGCAGGCACCAGUUAUCAGCUCCAUUAGCCAUUUGUUCUCAGUUACAUGUAGUGAGCAGUGUGGUGCGUCAUGGUGCGGCAUGUGGUGAUGCAAAAUCAAAACCAGGAUUUUUAUCUGAUAAGACACUGGAAUCUUCAAUCAAAUAUAUUGUCCGGCGAUUUCCAAGCAUAGACAUAAAGGGAUUGCAGGCAAUCACACAAAUUCGCAAUGAAAUCAUCAAGUCAUUAUCGCUCUACUAUUAUACAUUUGUUGAUUUAUUGGACUUCAAAGACAAUGUAUGUGAACUCCUGACUACCAUGGAUGCUUGUCAAGUUCACCUUGAUAUUACCUUAAAUUUUGAAUUAACUAAGGCAUACCUUGACUUGGUAGUCACAUAUGUAACCCUUAUGGUGCUUCUGUCAAGAGUUGAAGAUAGGAAGGCUGUUCUAGGCCUUUUUAAUGCUGCACAUGAAAUGGUACAUAAUCACAGUGAUCAAAGUAUUCCUCGCCUGGGCCAGAUGAUUACUGACUAUGAUCCACCCAUUAAGAAGCUGUCAGAAGAAUUUGUGCCCCAUGCCAAACUGCUCAUUACAGCACUUGUGUCCUUGUGUCCAAUUUAUGGCAACAGAAAUCUUUCUGCAGAAAAAUGGAGAUCAGACCAAAGACUUAGUUUGGCUGGAAACCCAGGCCAGCUACUGAAACCAUCACAGACACCCACAAUGUCUUGUGAAUACCUGUCACUUGAUACAAUGGAGAGGUGGAUAAUAUUUGGCUUUAUGCUCUGCCAUCAAUUUCUAGGCCAAGACAAGCCACAGGAUUGGCCUAGUAAACUCUGGCUCAGUGCCCUUGAAUCAAGCUGGGUCAUUGCUCUUUUCCGUGACGAAGUUCUCUAUAUACAUGCAUAUAUUCAGAAUUUUUUUGAUGGAAUCAAAGGAUAUGGGAAAAGGAUUUCAGAAGUGAAGGAUUGCUACAGUCAAGCUAUACAGAAAGCUGCCCAUCAUCAUCGAGAAAGGAGAAAAUUUUUAAGGACAACACUCAAAGAGCUUGGUUUAAUCUUAACUGAUCAACCUGGACUCCUAGGACCAAAGGCAUUGUUGAUAUUCAUUGGACUUUGUUGUGCGAGAGAUGAAGUAUACUGGCUCUUGCGACACAAUGAUAAUCCACCACAACAGAAAAGCAAAGGAAAAACAGCAGAAGAUCUGGUUGAUCGUCAGUUACCAGAAUUGCUCUUUCAUAUGGAGGAAUUACGAGUUCUGGUUCGGAAGUACAGCCAAGUUAUGCAGCGUUACUAUGUCCAGUACCUUACAGGAUAUGAUGCCAUUUCUCUAAACCAGAUGGUUCAGAAUCUACAAGUGUGCCCUGAAGAUGAAAGUAUCAUUCUGUCUUCCAUUUGCAACACCAUUCAGGGCCUGUCUGUGAAACAAGUUGAAGAAAAUGAGAUGUUCGAUUUUCGAGCAAUUCGACUUGAUUGGAUAAGAUUUCAGGCAUACACUUCUAUGAACAAGGCACAACUUGUAUUGUCAGAAAAUCGUGAAUUGGCAUCUCUUCUGGACACGGUUGUUUUCCAUUCCAAAAUGGUAGAUUAUUUAGAUGAGAUUUUGGUGGAGACAUCAGAUCUGUCCAUAUUUUGUUUUUACAACAAGAUAUUUGAAGAUCAGUUUCACAUGUGUCUGGAGUUUCCAGCUCAGAAUCGUUACAUUGUGGCCUUUCCUUUGAUAUGUGGCCACUUUCAGAGUUGCACCCAUGAGUUGUGCCCAGAAGAGAGACAUCACAUACGAGAACGAAGUUUGUCUGUAGUGAAUAUGUUUCUUGAUGAAAUGGCCAAAGAGGCGAAAAAUAUAAUCACAACAAUCUGUGAUGAGCAGUGCACAAUGAGCGACAAGCUGCUUCCAAAACACUGUGCCAUUUUGAUUUCUCAAGUGGUGAACAGAAAGAAAAAGGACAAAAAUAAGAAAAGUGCUCCUGAAAUAGCGAAGCCUGGUGCAGAGAGUUACAGGAAAACUCGAGAAGACCUCACUACGAUGGACAAACUACACAUGGCAUUAACAGAACUCUGCUUUGCAAUCAACUAUUGUGCCACUAUCAAUGUAUGGGAGUACACAUUUGCUCCACGAGAGUAUCUUACACAGCACCUGGAGAACAGGUUUGCACGAGCUUUAGUUGGAAUGGUGAUGUACAACUCUGACACGAGUGAGGUUGCCAAACCAUCGGAGCUGUUGGCAAGUGUCCGGGCAUACAUGAAUGUGCUGCAGACUGUAGAGAAUUAUGUUCAUAUUGACAUCACCAGAGUGUUCAACAAUGCUUUACUUCAGCAGACUCAGUCAGUUGAUAGUCAUGGAGAAAAAACUGUAGCAGCCCUGUACACCCAGUGGUAUUCAGAAGUGUUGCUGCGUCGUGUGAGUGCUGGGAACAUCUGUUUCUCCAAUAACCAGAGAGCUUUUGUUAGUCUCACAGCCGAGGGAGCCAUCCCAUUUAAUGCUGAAGAAUUUUCAGACAUCAAUGAAUUGCGAGCGUUAGCUGAACUGAUUGGGCCGUAUGGUAUGAAGCUUCUGAAUGAGACCCUGAUGUGGCACAUUGCAAGUCAGGUACAGGAACUGAAGAAACUGGUUGCAGGAAACAAGGAUGUGUUAGUUGCACUGCGAACCAACUUUGAUAAACCAGAAAUAAUGAAAGAGCAGUUCAAGAAACUUCAACAUGUGGACAAUGUCCUGCAGCGGAUGACAAUUGUUGGAGUGAUUCUGAGUUUCCGUCAGUUAGCCCAGGGUGCCUUGGUUGAUAUAUUGGAGGAACGCAUUCCAUUUCUUCUGAGCUCUAUUCUUGAUUUCCGUCACCACUUGCCCAGUGGAGAUCCAAUGGUGGUGAGUGAGAUGGCAUCAGCAGCAGGCCUUUCCUGCAAGGUGGAUCCUACACUUGUGGCUGCUUUGCGCAGUCAGAAGAAUGAAACAGAUGAAGAUGAACAUCUGUUGGCAUGUUUGCUUAUGGUUUUUGUGGCUGUAUCAAUUCCUAAACUUGCAAGAAAUGAGAACUCAUUCUACCGAGCAUCUCUAGAAGGUCAUGCAAAUAACAUACAUUGCAUGGCUGCUGCAGUGAAUAACAUAUUUGGAGCAUUAUUUACCAUAUGUGGACAAAGUGAUAUUGAAGACAGGAUGAAGGAAUUCCUGGCUCUGGCAUCAUCAAGUUUGUUACGACUUGGUCAGGAAGCAGAUAAGGAGGCCAUCAGGAACAGGGAGUCUGUGUACCUUCUGCUUGACCAGAUUGUUCAGGAGUCCCCGUUCCUGACAAUGGACCUGCUGGAAUCGUGCUUUCCAUAUGCGCUGAUUCGAAAUGCCUACCAUGCUGUGAACAAGCAAGAACACGCACAGGCAUAAUAGGAGUGGCCUCAGAUCGGGCAGGACUGCUGUCUGGACUCCUGCCUAUUGGAAGUCGCCCUGCAGCAGCUGCUUGUAGUCUGGCUGAGGGAUCUGCUCAAAAUUGGCACAAGUGUAGGAUUGUAUGAUGUAUGUAUGGGAGUAAGUGGAACGUGAGAGACUGGCAACAGUAAUGGUUUAGUUGAAUGGAACAAGAUGGCUUAUGCACGUUCAACAUUUUAUAGUACUGGGUAUUCGUAAGAAAGAUUUCUUCCCUGCAGUUCAGUCAUGUGCGGUUUGUCAUCAUCAUCAAUGAUAUUUAUAAGCUUGUGACAUGAUUUCUAUGAGACCAUUAUCACAAAAAUUAUUAUUCGUGUCAUUCUAAAUGUAAGGGGAAACAGGAUGACAGAUUUUCUUAAAAUCGCAGUUUCUGUUCUGUAAAAUAUAACCUGUCUCAGGCAUAAUAAGCAAAGAAGUAAUUCCAUGCAAGGUGGAUUUGUUUAACAUAUAUGAGAAUGUUAUUAGAGAUGUUUAUCUUACCUGUAGGAUGGUGAAACAGGCAUAUACCAAAUCAUCUUCUGUGUUGUAUUUUAGCGUCCUGUUGCACUGAUUUAAGUCCAUGAUUUAUUUAAUCCGUCUUGCAGUGCAUACAC